GCCGCAGUGGCCGCUCUCAGGUUCCUCUCUGCUAUAAUGGCUGUAAGCCUGUAAGUGAUGGACGUCGUUUCUCAGUGAAGUGAAAGUCCGUUCUGAAUCCAUCUGAAUUGUGCCGUAGUGGUCAUCAGGUCAGCUUUGGUCUUUAGAUUUCAUAGCAUGCCAUUGUUUUCAUAGCGAAUAAUAAUUGUAAUACGGAAUAAAUAUCGACGCGUGCUAUUCAUCGUUUUUGUCGUCGUCGACGUCGUCGACGUCGUGUAAGUCGGAGGAACGGCACAGCAAGGAGCGUGCGAGUGAUCUUUACUCAGAUCAGAAGUACGAUUCUGCAAUUUAUUGUCAAAGAUGAAUAGCCGAGACGAAAUUCUAUCAUCAACUAUUCCAAAUUCAGUAAGGAGAGUUCCCAGCAACCUGCUUCGACAGCAACGCUCUCAACUUACACAAACUACCAGAGAAAAUUUUCGACCUUCGUCUCAAUCAUUGGGAAGUCCGAGCGGCCGAUCAAAAAAAAAACCAACAUCGAAAAAAUACACUCUUUUCCUAUCACAAAAAUCAAAUGCUGAUUAUUAUCCAUCUGUAACCGAAUGUAUAUAUUUACAAGAAAAUGGUUUCGGUAAGAAAACAGUGGAAUUUAAAUUGAAUUGGUCGAUGACUAGAAUCAAAAGAUGUAUUUGCGAAAUGUAUCCAAGAGUGCAAUUAGAAUCGGUUGGCUUUCGUUUCGGCAAAAACACUCAAGACAAGAAGAUAAUAAAAUUAACAGUAAAUACAAUUGAAGAGUUAAUGAAGGAAGUGCCUAGAGGAAUGAUUAUUAUUAUCCCAAAUAGAGAUUUGCCUUGUCCUGAUCAUACAACAGCAAAUAAUGCAAAUGUUGAUGAGUCAUACAAAAACUCAUUGACAGAUUUAGGACAUAACAGACACAAAAGAUCAGCUACUACAAGACGUCCUUUAAUCAUACGACGAUCAGAUUCUCGAUCACAACCAAGUAACGAUGAAUCCGAUGAGGAUGUUUCAAAUCAAAGUAUUCAGAAUCAGGAUAGAAUUGUUAACAGACAAGCCUCUCAAAUUAAUGAAAAUUCAAAUGAAUUUACGAUAUAUGAAAUUUGGACAAUUACGGAUAUAUAGAAGUAAGUCAAGAACUUAGCAACGAAAUGGAUAUUGAGUACCCAGAUCUACCUAAUAAUGGAGAAAUAAUUAGUACAGACGUUACAAUCAAACGAGAAAAUAUCGAAGAAAUGUUAACAUUAUAUAAAGAUGAAACUAGUACAAAAAAGGUCACUUUUAAAGAUGAAUUAGGGCUAGAUUAUGGUGGCUUAAUGAAGGAAUUAUUUUCCGAGUUUUUGAAAAAACAUGCCCGAAUUCUUUAGAGGAGAGAACCGAUCAGUCCUUUUCUUAUCUUUAUCAAAAAUAAGGAAGGGUUUAGAUGAAAACUUUCUAAUUAUUGGCAGAAUUUUAGCUCAUACUAUUAUGUUAACAAGGUCAAUCCCAACGGAUAUAUGUAAAUCCAUAUAUUUGAAAUUGGGUUCGCUAAAUAAAGAAGUGAAACAAAUUUUAUUGGAAGACUUUUUUUCACUUCUUAAGAGAUUAAACCACUCUAGAGCGUCGAAAAGUAACCUAAUUUUAAGAAUUUUUUCCGGGAAAACAAUGACAAAAAUGAAAAAUAUGUUUAUGGGUCUUUAUUGCCUAUACAUCGAAGUAUGAGAAUAAAUUUUUAUAAGGCAAUUAAAAACAAAAUGCCAAUUGUACAGCUAGUUGAUGGCAACGCUCGCCGACACGAAGUGCUCCGCGGCCGGAAAAGUUUCUCCAAUUUUGAACUUAGAACAAAAAUUAAAAGUUACAUAUAAAAAGCUCGAGAAAGACGUACGGAUUUUUUUUAUAUCACUUUUUGCAAAAAUGAUGGACAUUUGAAAAAAAAGUCAAAUUUUUACCUAAAAAAUGGCACUAAAUUGUUUAUAACUAAAGAAAUAUGCAUCAUUAAAAAAAUCCGUACGUCUUUCUCUAGAUAAUGUUGUUUAGAAUGUAUAGUAAAAAUUUCAAGCAAAUCGGUAAAGAAUUGAGCGAGUUAUGUUUCCGGUCGGCUCGAGAAAAGUAGUUUUGAGAAAAACGCGUUUAAAGUUUUACUUAUGAGAAAAUCAUGAAAAUUUUUGAUAUACUUUCAAUCUGCGAUGCCUGCCCCGUAAUUGGCUUUUCAAAUUGACAUUCUUCUGUUCUUCUUCUUUCUUCUUUUCUGGUCCAAAUAAUAAAAAUUGUAGCGCGUCGCGUCGAGUCUUAUACCUGCUCUGAGCGCGCAGCAGGUGACUUUGAUCGGGAUUAAAAUACAGGCACUUAAAAAAUUCCCCUCCUUAUAAAUAAUGUUGUAUCUUAUUUCUAAGACCCCUAGGCACCUUUUAAGCAAAAAAAAUUUGUUUCCAUUUUUUAAAAAUUCUAGAGUGGUUUAACCCCUUAACAUCAGUGGAACAACGUUGAUAUACAAAGCAAAUAAUUCCUUUGAAAAAUUAAAUUCGUUUGAAAAAGACAUGUUAUUAGACCUGUUUGCAGCUUAUGGACUUCUAAAGAAUCUAAAACUAUUGGAAAUAAAAGAGCAGCUUAGCAUUAUAGCGGAAAACAUUAUGCAUAAAAAGUCAACUUUAUUUAAAAAAUUAAAAAUGGAAUUCCAUUAUUUUGCAAGAAAUUUUUUACAGACUUGACUAAUUUUUAAAAUAAAUUUUCUAUUUGAAAAACAAGUUGCUAAUCCAAAUAAGGUUGUAACUAUUUUGAAGACUGUUCCAGAAGAAUUGAAUAAUGUUCAAACUCGAGUUUUUUACUUUUUUAAAACUUAUAUAAAAAAUUUGACACAAGAAAAUCUUUCAAAAAUGUUACUAUUUAUAACUGCAUCGCUACACUUGCCUGAUAAAAUAACUGUGGGCUUUAAAAUUUCAGGUUUUCCUACAGCUCAUACAUGUUCAAAUGUCUUGGAAUUAUCGACAACCUGUUCUUCCUAUCAAGAAUUAAAAACUUCUCGAUUCAAUUUUGGAAAAUAAAAUCUUUUUAGUAUA